AUGACCACGUCGUUUAAUCCUAACUUUGAAGAUAUGCGUGAAAUUGAUAACAUUAGCAUAACAGAUGUAAAUUCGAAUUUAUCUGUAUCACGCCCUAUUAUACCAGAGAGUUUACUUACAGAUUCCAUUAUUCCAACGAAUAAUGAUACGCCCGAUUCAAUGUUUAAUCUUUCAUCCGCGUUUACUGACGAGCCCCUGUCGAACUCUCGUGUAGACUGGACUGGACUCGAUGUGCACAACAUGCGUAACGACUCAAUGAGUUCCAACACUCGAUUCAUCUUCCAGAACGAUUUGCAUUCUUACAAUGCAUCAGAACUCUAUUCCGAUACAUCCUUAAACAGUCAGGUAGUCACUACUUUAAACGAGGAAAAUUACAGUGGUCAGCCUUCAUCGUCACCAGCUGGUCGAAAUAUUUCCAGUGUAAGCUCAGAUAUUCCGAAUGCAGGGACAGAAUCCUUUAUUAACAAAGGUAAAACAGCAAAAUCCCAUAAUCCCGAAUCAUCGGAUGUUCCUGAGAUCAGUUCACUAAUUUCGGAAUUGGAACUUCAAGAAGACAACGGUCAGAAGGAAUCUGGUGAAGUAGAAGCUGGUCCUUCUAGAACAUCGACUCACUCUCAAGGCAAUCGGAUCCGGUCCUCGAGUACUUCAGAAACUUCUACUAUAAAAAUAAAGUCUAGCAAGGUAGCUACAGCAAAAAUUAUCAGAAAUUCAAAACGAAAGGGUUCUGAAGAAGAUCAGCUAGCUUUUAACAAAAAAAGGAAGAUGACCCCUCUUGUUUCUGAUGUAGCCACAGAACUUAGUAAACAGGUGUCGCCAAAGAAAAGAAAAGUUUUUACACCCGCAUCAAUCACGGCAGCACUUCGGCAAAAAGUGCUUACACGUCUCCUGGAGGAACACCAGGUUAUCGAACACAGCGCUGAACUAGUCAAAUUAUAUCAGCAGACGUUGGCCAAGGAGUCUAAUGUAAUGACUACACCACAUGUCAUCGAUAAGAAAACGUUACAAAGAGCUGCUGCAGCGAUGGAAGAAAAAGGACUUCUCAAGACUUAUAAUGUGUCCCUGCCUUUGUUGAAUGGUGGCAGCAAUACCAAACUUCUUUUCCUUCAUCCUAGUUUAACUCCAUCGAGUCCUAUAGUGAAGGAAUAUGUCACCAAGAUGUUGGACAGAGCAAUACUCAUUGGAAGGUCAUUCAAACCAUCCAAAAUAGAGGAAGUAAAUAUAGAGGUUGAACCGCUUGAAGAAUUCCAAAGGCGUGUUGCUGCUGAAGCUGCUGCUGGUGAAAAAACGAUUACACUUGAAGUACCUUCUGAGUCUAACACGAAUCCUUCCAAUUCAUGUGAUGCCCUCCUCAUGAAUUCUACGGCACCCGAAGGCCUCAUGGGCAAUCUUCCAGGAACUGAACAUGUUAACAAAACCUUGCAAACGUCCAAUGAGAUGUGGUGGCUUCACACAGCGCGAGGUUAUGGUUGGAUCAAUGCGAAAAUGAUUCGUGCGAAAAUACUUCACCAAUAUUUGAUCUCCAAACUUUUUGAUGAGAAUUAUAUCGACAAAAAUUCUAGAACUUUUCACACAGCGAUUCUUAUACGUGACCUUCCUCUUGAUUUAUACCUCAAAAUUAUUGGUCAAUCGAUCCCAAGUCAAGCCUUAACUAAUUACGUUUGUUCGGGACAGAGCCUUGAUGUCAGUGUUAUUGAUCUUCCAAGUGAGUUGCGCGCAUCGCUUUUUUCGGGAAACUAUAAGUUCCGACAGAAUCUAAAAAGACUAAUCGACAUUCUCGUGGCUUUGCGAAUCCUCAAGCCAAUCCGUCGGGUAUUUAAUGAGAGUGGCGAUCCUGUGUUGGAUGUCGAUAGCGAUAACGCAGACAACUUUAAAUUUGAUCCAACAGAAUGGUCUAGUAAAAAUGCGACUUCGUGUAGCCCACCGCAAACUCUUUUAGCUCCAGCAUACCAACUUCUACGACAUGUCCCUAUGUUCGAUUUUUCGGUCGCCG